AUGUCCUUCAGGUUUGAGCAGGAGAAUAGAGCGAAUAACUUUGCUAAGACCAUAGAGAUAAUCGAUGUUGGAGCCCAGAUUGAGACCCAGGGGGCGGGGUCCAGAUUGGAAGAAGCCAGCAAUGUGUUUCUCAGUGCCAAUGAACAGCAAGGGGCUGACGGUGGCAAAGCCAUUGGAGACCAUCAUGUGGAUAAUGUGGUGGACUGGGUCACUAUCCUGCAUCAGUCUGGAGGCAAAUAUGAUGCAGUCCAUACAGUACAUCAGCACAAAGAAGUUCAUGAGCAGCAGGAUCAUACCGGUGGCCCUUUGCACUGGGGACGCUUUUGCAGAAAGGCUGGUGCUGCAGUGACAGAGCUGAACAGUCUUUAUGAGCUGCCUGAACUCUCCCAGACCACAAACAUAAGCCACCAACACAUCCACAGAGACCAUCAUGUGCUGGAAUUCUCCCAUUCUGACAUAAGGAACACCUUCUUCUCUGAAAUUGGCAUUGGGAUCUCAGCCAACAGCUUCCUUCUUCUCUUUUACAUCCUCAAGUUCAUUCCUGGGCACAGGCCUAGACCCACUGACGUGCUCAUUGGUCUGCUGGCACUAAUCCACCUACUGAUGCUAAUGUUCAUAGCAUUCAUAGCCACGGACAUUUUUAUUUCUUUGAGGGGAUGGGAUGACACCAUAUGUAAACUCAUUGUCUACCUGUACAGAAUUUUUAGGGGCCUCUCGCUUUGUACCACCAGCCUGCUGAGUGUCCUCCAGGCCAUCAUCCUCAGUCCCAGAAGCUCCUGUUUAGCCAAGUUCAAGCACAAAUCUGCCCAUUACAUCUCAUGUGCCUUUCUUUUUCUGAGUGUCCUUUAUGUGCUCAUUAGCAGUCACCUCUUAGUAUCAAUUAUUGCCACUCCCAAUUUGACUUCAAAUAACUUCAUGUAUGUUACUAGGUCCUGUUCUCUCCUACCCAUGAGUUACCUCAUGAAAAGCACAUUUUGUACACUGAUGGCCGUCAGGGAAGUCUUUCUUAUUAGUGUUAUGGUCAUCUCUACUUGGUACAUGGUGGCUCUCUUGUGCAGGCACAGGAAGCAGGCCCAGCAUCUUCACAGCACCAGGCUUUCUCCAAAAGCAUCCCCAGAGCAAAGAGCUAACAGGGCCUUCCUUCUGCUCAUGAGCUUCUUUGUGUUGAUGUCCAUCUUGGAUGGCUUUAUCUCCUGCUCAAGAACUAUGUUCCUGAAUGAUCCAACAUCUUACUAUAUCCGACUCUUUGUUGUCCACAGCUAUGCCACAGUCAGCCCUUUUGUGUUUAUGAACACUGAAAAACAUGUCGUUAACUUUUUCAGAUCCAUGUAUGGAAGGAUGGUAAACAUCAUAUUACUUGGGUGUAGGUAA